AUGGGCCUGACACCAGUUCACUUAAAGACUGGGUCAAAUGUAUUUGGUGCUGAGAUGAAUGAACUUAUUGUUCUAACUGAGUGGAUUUUAAGUUAUAUUGCAGAAUAUUCUAUUCGGUGUGAAAAGACAACUGGGAGGGAUUCCAUUUGGAGCGUUGAGUUGUCCGACAAAAACACCGGUGCACCAUUCGGGGACCCUAAUCUCCCCGUGUCGGGUUGUCGUCUGUCGCACUGUGGCCGACACCCCCACUGCCAGACUUGA